AUGGCGAACUUCUGGCUGUUCCGCGUUUUGUGUCUCCCGUUCCUUCUUGCGCUUCUCUCUGUAUGCCGCCCUAGUUUGUUGAAUGCGCGCGCUGAGGCGCCGCAACGCGACACACUCUACCGGUUUACCGGCAACUCUCGGCUAUCCAGACGUUUCACAGGCUCCAGCGUCUCGGCCUGGAAGCGGGUCCACGCCGCGUACAACGAAGUUCUUGUUCUGACGGACAUCGAUGAUACGCUCUGGUGUUCCGGAGGGUGGCGCCUGGCGGGAAAGAGCUUGGGCGGCGUCGACGCGGACUUCUUGCGCGGCCAGACGUACCCUGGCAUUGGAGCGCUCUACUUCAUUCUCUCCGCAGGCCCCCAUGUGACGGGAGCGCCCGUGAACAUGUUUCUUCCCACGUGUCCAACUGGCCUCGCGUCGCCGACGGUUGAAACCUGCGAGGUGAACGGCUCCCACAUGUGGCGCGCCAGGUCCGAGGGCCGCACGCUGCGGGGGGAAGCGUUACGGGGACCGAAGCAAGACAACGCGCAGGAACAUAAGGGCAACUCUGCGGUCGCCAAGCAGGCGCUGCCGCCUCGGGUCGGACUGCUUACGGCCCGCGCGUCCACGUCUGCGAUGAAAAACAUCACGCGCUCGCCGUUCUUCUACAGCGCUGUUUCGAGUGCUCUGAUCCACGGCGCGAGACAGAUGUACGGCCCUGCCGUCGAGGACUGGGGCCGUAUCCGGUUCGAAAAUAAUAUGGAGCUCUUACGCCAUGUGAUUGGCGGGCAACACUCGCGAGGCCGAGGGAAAGUCUCCGGCUUCAAAGAGGCGCUCGCCAAGUUCCCUGGAGAAACGCCAGUUUUCUUCGGCGACACGGGCGAGCGGGACGUGGAGGCGGGUGCGGGCAUGGCCCUCCACGCUCAGGACAAACUCGCGGCUGUUUUCGUCCACGUCGUCUUCGACGACGUGGCGAGUGAAGAUCUAGACGGUGUCGAGCGACCUGCGGCAUCACUGCCUCAGCCGUUCAACCUGCGAUUCAACGGGCGACGGAUCCCCUCUUUGCAGCUCGCUUACGAUGUCGUGGCCUGUCUUACACCCACCGAGCGGAAACCGCGCUCGUUCGCCGAGCUCUCAGACAGUCACUUGUAUUCUGCGGGCAUGUCGGUGGCGAGUGUCUUGAAGCCGCUCAUGGCUUCGUAUGCUCGCCAGGUGCGGCGCCACAGGGAGAAAAUGGCGGAGGAAGCGGAGCCGCAGAGGCGCACGCCAGACGAGGGCGUCAGAGACUUCAUGGCACUUCCUAUCUUCUUCCUGAAAUAUCGUGAUCUGUAUAUCAAACCAGUCACGAUGGGUGGGAAACCGCCCGUGAGCUCGUUCAAGCAGGCGAUCUCCCGUAUAUCCAGUGGCCUCAGAUUCGGUGUUGCCCACGUCGUCGAUCUCCAAUGGCCUGAGGAAGAGAAUCUCCGCAGCGUCACAGAAAUAGUUCCGGUGCCGCUUGACGAGGUAGGAGACGCCGGCAAGCCCGGCGACCCCGGCGUCCCGUUUAUCCCGUAUCGCACGGCGUUGGGGGCUGGGAUCUCCGCGUUUGUCCUCGAAAUGCUCACCCUCCAAGACUUGGUCAACUUAGCCGUGGCCUCGAUCCGCGACUUCCGGUCGCUUGGACCCCCCCAAUCGUGUUCCCAAAAGGAAAGCCUCGAGGAUUUGUAUUCCGACCUCCGGUACAUGCUGGAGCUGACGGGGGAGGCUAUGCAGACUGUGCACGUGGAAAAUCGCGCGAUUUUAGAAGACGGGAUCAUGGCCGUGCGGGUGUUUCGCGCGAAAGCCAAGGACUCCUGCAUCCCCGCGGACCGAACCGAGCCCUGGACCGUCAGCGAAGACACCAGCGCGUGCUUGGCGCUGUUCCGUAGCCCCCUGCCUGGGGGCGUCCCGUCUGCAGAGCCGGCAGCGGGGUUCCAGCAGGCGCCGGGGCUAGGCAGCAUCCCGCCUGAAGUUGUGCCUCUCGCGCGGGCGGUCUGUACGUUCAAGGACCAGCUGCAGCACUGGCUGAGCGCGGGGGCUGACGAGAUCGAGGUUCUCAGCUUGGAGUUCGCUGUCGCGUUGAACCAGGCGGUCGAAAUUAGCAAUGGAACCUAUCGACCCGGCGGCACCCAAGCGUUGCCCGCAGACGGCCAAACGCCUUCCCCGGAUCGUAAGGAAAAAUUUGUUGACGCUUUGGUCGGAAACCUGGAUAGCAUCCCGACGUAUCCAGAACACGCGUACUCUCUCGUCGCCCCGUCGCUUCUUCCUCCUUCGGCGUCAGGCACCGUCAACCUUGGCGCACCACCAUCAGCGGCUGCGGCGCAAAGCCCGUUUCUGUCUUCCGUGCUGCCAGGGACGAUUGGUGCAGGCGACGAGACGGCGCGUCCGCCGAGGGAGUACGGUUCCGCCGCGGAUGCAUCAACGUCCGCGCCGGUGGCCGUGGCGUCCUUCGAGGCUCCGCUGCGUUCCGACCGGGAGGUGGUCGCGCCGUCGGCGCCAGCCGCGGACUUGGUCGCCCGAACUCCAAAGGUCGAACCUGCUUCACUCCUGGCCAUUGGGGGAGGUCGAGCGCUGCUGGAACACAUCCGCGCAACCGACAGACGGACGCUUCUCCCUCGCACAUCGGCGGGCUUAGGAGGCUGGGCUGAGCGCCGCUUCUCUCAUGGGUACAGCGAGGUGGACCCAACGGCUUCUCUGCACUUUGAGGGCUUCUCACCUCCACCGGGCGGGCUGUGGGGACAGGGCCAAGCGCGCCGGUCUCACAGUCGCGGCUCUGGGUCUUCCCCCGCGAACGACUGCCCAUUGGACGGACUUCAGAACUUCCUGGCGACGAUGCGACCGAUCUGUGAGCAGCAGAAGAAGACUCUCGGACUCGCGUCGCCAUGCGCGUUCAUGUCCCGCCUUCUCUACAAGGAGAAUUUGAUCCAGAUCUUUGCAGACGUCACGUCGUGGUACGAAGCCGGCGCCCGCGCACCGUUCUACAUUUCCAAAAUGCAUCUCUCUCUCGAUCCUGCAAAGUCAAAAUUAGAUGCGAUGACGAAGAAGGAGGACCGCAGCUUCCAGAGAGUCGGUCUGGGAGUUCUGAGGCGGGGCAGGGGGCAUAGCACGUACGACGUCGCCCGCCUGAAGGAAAGCCAUCGGCAGUUCGAUCGAACCGACUUUGCAUUCACGCUCCCAGAGUGCAAUCCUUUCGAUGCCUGA